AUGCAUCUGUCUACCCUCUUCCAUAUCAUCGCGGCAACCGUCAUAGCUGUCCAAUGCUUCAGAAAUCCCUUCGUCACCCUCACUAUUCUAUCUGCGGUAACAUUCAUCACUCGUGAUCAAGGCUCUCCGUCCUCUCCCAAGCUCGUCGAACCUGGCGCUCCCACCUCGACACAUCCUCAGUCUACUCUCGAUCAUGAGAAGUCUGCACACGAUGUUCUCAAGGAGCAAACCGCAACCAAUACCGAUAGGCACGAUACCCCCGACCUCGAAGAGCACGCGCAGGCAGCCCUCGCCUUCCGGGCCGGCGCUGCCGAGGCACGCAUCGAGGUCAUGGAGAUGGAGCACGUCAUGACGAAGAAAACCUUCGCCACGUACCGCGAACGGACCAUAGCUCGUCUCCGGGAGAAAGAGGACGCGCUCGAGCAGAAGAAAGACGAAAUCGAAGACAAGGACGAGAAACUCGCUUCCCUCCAGGCGCAGCUGGCCGACGCGCGCUUGGAAGCGGCAACUAGCAUUCGCGAACGAGAUGUCCAGAUCAAGGCUUUCAAGACCGAGCGGGACGAGGUACUCCGACAACACAGGGACAGCACCAAGCGGGCUGCCGAUGCCCUUGCGCAAGCAGAAGUCGCGAUCUUCGAGUGUGACCUAGCGUGCGAAGUAGCCCAGACCAGCGAAGAAGACACUACCACCCUCAUGCUCGCCCUCGCGCAAGCUGGGAAGCAUGCACACAUCGCCGAACGCGAGCUCGAUGCCACCGCCUCCCACGUUCACGAGAUGGAGAAGCAACUCGGAAUCGCGCUCGCCAUCGGCGCACGAGAAGUGUUCUCCUUGAAACGCGAUCUCGCUCAAGCCAAGCACGAGCUUGCCACUUCCGCUCUUUCAGCACCUCCCACUCCCUCCACCGGCACCGAUACGGAGAUGCUCCUCGCUGCCCUCGAGCAGGAACGCCGACGGGCCGACCACCACAUGACUCGCGCUGACCGCGCCGAGCUCUCGCUGCACAACCUCUCCCGCAUGAGCGACAAGGGCGACUCGGAGCUCGAGGAAGCGCUCUCGAACCUCGAAGCGACGCAGUCCGCGCUGAAUGCGGAGCGCAAGCUCAGCGGCCAGUAUCUCGACACGGCAUGGAAGUACCACGCGGUGCACGAGGAAGCCGACUCGAGCCUCGCGCAGCACAAGGAGAAGGUCUCUCAUCUCUCCGACGUCGUUGUCGAUGUCAAGUUCGCGUCUGCGAAGCUCCGAGCACGAUGCGAGCUACUCGAGAAUGUUCUGGUUGGGCACGACGGUGCGAGUGAAGAGCUGGCGAGGCGAGAGGCGAUGGAGGCGGAGGCGGCUCGGCUUCGACGAUCAGAAGCUGACGCCGCACGCGCGCAGGUGCUACUCAUGCUCCUCAUUGAUCACGACGGCAAAGUCACCACGGAUCACGACGCGAUCCACAUUGCUGGCCAGUCAGAGUUCAGCAUGCCAUCGGGCAAAGAUCCUCUCCCCAGUUUCGUGCAGCACACCUCCGCCGAUUCGGUUAAAGAGACACUUUCCUCGCUCGCGAGCUUCGCAUCCUCGACAAGCCCGAUGUCAAUAAUGAGCAGCGGAUCGUUCGUCAACCUCCUCGACCUGUUCCCCAUGCCGCCUACGAACUGCCCCAGCAUCCCCAACGCUGGCCGCCGACCCGCGAAGCGCUCCAAGCUCAUCGAUUCCGACGACUCCGAUUCUGAGUCCUGCUACUCGGCUGGCGGUGACGAUGACGAGGAUGGCGGUGUGGACAGCGAUGAAAGCUUCGAGGCGGGCAGCAUCAGUGAUGACGAGUCGUGUUGUUCGACGACGAGCACCGCUACUGCCACCUCCGCUUGGACAUCAGCUUCGACGACCACCUCCGGCGCGGGUUCGAUGACGUCCGCCGGACCUGAAGACGAACCGUAUGGCGCGAAGCCUGUCUCCUGCUCCUCCUCUUCCAAAUUCGAGUGUUUCUCGUCGACCAUGGAGGAGUACUGCGGCGCGCCUGCAUCCUCAAUCCCUCCAAUUGGGCAAUAUUUGGAGGGCACCGAGAACAACGACUGUUGAUGCAAUGGACCGCGCGUCGCUGUUUUUUUUUGUCUUUCGGGUUUACUUUUAUUUUUAUUUUUGUCUAUUCUCCUGAG